CAGACGGGUACUACUGUAUCUGCUGACAUCGCCAUAGAUUAGUACAGAUCCUCUCCCCAUUGGUACUAGUGGUAGUACUAGUAGCUCCUCUCCUCCGUACGUAUUUCUGUCGGAGUGCAAGUAUCGCCUCUCCGACCCACACUCUCGGCCGGAGCUAAACUAACUGAUCCUCGCUGAAACUAAAACUACAGUUCGUUUUUCCCGUCGAGCUCCGCAUUCGGCGGUGUGUGGGCGUCGGGCGAGCAUUGUCGAUUUUUUUACGAGCAUUGACGAUUCUCGACAAGCUUUGACGAUUCUCGACAAGCAUUGGCGCGUCAGAAAUCAUGCUGGUGGAUCUGAGCACGUUCGCGGACGAGCGCUUCGACCCCAAGGCGUGGGUCAACGAUGCCUGCGCCGCGCUCCCGCCAGAGGAACCUCCGGAGAAGUUUCUCGCGGACAUCGAAAUGAAGCUGCAGCUCUUAUCGGAGGACAUGGCGGGCGCGUUGGAGGAGCAGAGCGCGGGCGCACUGCUGCGAGUGCCGCGCGCAGUCAGGGAGACGAACCGCGUGCGUGACGACGCCGUGUCGCUCAAAGGGACCGUUGGAGGCAUCCUGCAGCGCCUACAGCAGGUGGAGGCCACGUCAGCAGCAUCAGUGGCGGUGCUGGCGAAGGUGGAUGCGGUAAAGCAGCAGAUGGAGGCCGCCAGGGACACGCUCCAGUAUGCGGCGGGCCUGGCGCAGCUGAGCGCAUCAGUGGAGCAGGUGUUCGCCAGUGGCGACCUGCCACGUGUCGCCGAGACAUUGGCCAACAUGCGGCGCUGCCUGGAAGUGGUCGGCGACGCGCCUGAGUUUGCGGCCAACAAGCGGCAGCUGCAGUCGCUGGAGGACCGGCUUGAGCAGAUGGUGCAGCCACGGCUGUCGGACGCGCUCACGCACAGCAAGCUGGACUCGUGUCGCUCCCUAACCGCCAUCCUGGUGGCCAUCGGCCGCCACCACACGGUGGAGGCUCUUUUCUGCAUCGUGCGCUGCCGUCCGCUCACACGCCUGUGGGAGCAAUUCGAGGUCACUGCAGUGGCGCAGGGAGCUGGCCCACUGGCAGCAGCGUUACAAUUCCCCGAGUGGUUACCGCACUGGUACGACGAGAUGCUGCUGGCAGUGGAGCAGGAGGCGCGGUGGUGCGUGGCCGCCUUCCCCCACCAGGCGGCGUCGCUGCUGCUGCGCCUUCUCGCUGCCACCUGGGACGGGCUGUCAAACAGCUUCACUGCUCGCAUCGACGCUGCUGUGUCCGAUGCUGCCCUUGCUGCUCUCAGUAACGCUCCUGGUUCUGCUGGCGAGACAGCAGCAUCUCAGUCGCAGUCCCGCCCAUCCACGCGCCUGGCUCUGCUGCUGGCCCUGCACGCCACCACCACCACCUUCGCCCGCAACCUCUCCCGCCUCCUCUCCUCCCUGCCUUCCCACCAGACCCCCCACUCCACCACCACCACCACCACUGCUGCUACCACCAAGCCCUCUCCCCUGUCCUCGUCUACUGAGAAAACCACCCAGGAAACCGGAGCAGCAGGAAGAGGGGAGAAGGGGAGCAAGAACAACGGGAGGGACGGGGAGGGGGAGGAGCAAGGGGGGGAAGCGCCGGCAAGCGUGCGUGCCGUGGUGUGGGCGGUGGUGCGGCCGUUCGAGCCCUUCAAGCAGCGGUACGGGGACUACGAGCGCGCACAGCUGGCGCUCGACCUGGGCGGCAUCGACCUGCGGCCGGGCGGUGCAGUGAAGCAAGUGGGGCAGCGCGGGCUCGUGCUGGCUGAUGCUGUCAGACGCAUGGAGUCCGCCAUCCCGUUGGCCAUAGCAGCACUAGAAGCAGCGGUGGAGCGGUGCCUGGCCUUCACAGGGGGCUCCGAGGCAGCUGCGCUGCUCUCGUCCCUCGACCACUCGCUCCUGCUCUUCCUCGCCCGCCUCUCCUCCUGCCUCCACUCCCUCCCGCCCAUCUGCGGCCUCUCCCCUCCCCCCCCUCCCACUCCUGCUCCCUCCGCCACCCCCUCCGCCCCUACACGAACCUCCGGCUCAGGCUCGGACCAAACCUCCGUCCCAACUGCCUCGACGGCCGACGAUCCGUUGGCGGGCUUACCCGACCCGGCGGGGUAUGGAGGCGGGGGGGUGGGGGGGGUGGAGGAGGAGGAGGAGUGGGCGGUGGUGCAGGGCGCGCUGCAGCUGCUGAUGGUAGCAGAGAGCGUCGCCAUGCGGGUCUCUGUCUUCGAGGCGUCACUCCGCAGUUCUCUCACUCAGCUGUCCGCCCGCCUGGGUCUCGCUGCUGAGAGGGAGGGUUUGGGGGAAGGGGGGGGGGAUGGGGUGGGGGGGGAGGUGAGGAGAGUGGGGUCGGUUGGUGGGGGAGGGGGGGGAGGGGGAGGAAUGGAGGGGAGUGAGGUGGAUGUGGCGGUGUUGAGGCUGGCAGAGUACCCGGACAAGGCACAGCGAUUGGCCAGGCUGCUGGACGAGCUUAGAGAUCCGCGCAUCCAUGCCCUCCCGCGCACAGCGCAGAGAGUUAGAAGCUUCCAGGAAGCGGUGUCAUCGCUGGUGUACGAUGUGCUCAUUGCCAAGGUGCGGCGCCAGCUCUCCUCGGUGUCAGCCAUGCCGGACUGGGCACUAGGCGAGGAGGACAACGCGUUUGACCUCCCGGCCUUCAACGCGUACGCCCUACCCUACAUCACAGCAGUGGGCGAGUACCUCCUCACGCUCCCCCAGCAGCUCGAACCUCUCGCCGUCGCCGCCUCCGAAGCUGCCCCGAGCCUGCUCCUGCAAGCCUCGGCAAGCAGUGCUUCAGCAGGUGCGGAAUCCGCAACCCCUACAGCGGCAGGGGAGGAAGACGCGGGGGCGUAUUUUGUUCGGGAGUGGAUGACGAAGGUGGCGGAUGGGGCGACCGCACUGUUUGUGGAGCAGAUUCGGGCAAUUCCCGAGGUGUCGGACCGGGGGGCUCAGCAGCUGGCAGCGGACAUAGAGUAUUUGUGCAGCGUGCUGUCGGUGCUGUAUGUAGCAGCCUCACCCGCUAUUGCCACGUUCCAAGCCUGCUUCGCCACGCCCAAGGCUGGACUUGCUGAGUAUAUUACUCAGGAGAGUGGUGCUGGGGGUUCCCUGGAUGCAGCCACAGCUCGCUUGGUGGCGAAAAUGAGGCGGGUUGCGAUGGAGUGAUGACAGCGUGCGGUGAUUGCUUUUGAAUGCUGGCAGUGUUGAGAAGUGUAAGUGUGUUCAAUUCAAGUUUGAGCGUCCAUAAUGUUCACUGAACCUAAAUUGUGUUUACUAUAUUGUAAAACUGACAGUGCAGUAACCACAUUCGCU